UUGUUUUACUAUGCCCUCCGUUUCUCACAGUCCCUUCCUCCUCCUCAUCCGUCGGCCAUCACCACCUUCGACGGCGGCGGCGGCUCAGUAGGUCGGUCUCCCUCUCCAUCCCCUUCCUCCUCCUCCUCCUCCUCCCCCCGAUCGACCGGCGUCGGCCCUCGCGAUCCCCGCUCCGGCGCAAUCGCACGGUGAGUCCGUCUCCCUCUCGCGCGUCCCCGCCGCUUUCGGCGAGCAUUCGGUGUGAGAUUCCUUCGAUUUUUCCCCCCGUCGCAAUCGGUGAAGUGCUUCGCUUUUAGGUCUUCGUUAGUUCCGUCUCUGCCUAAAGUUCGCUGCUUGUUCGGCGUUGGCGGCUGAUUCCGGACCCUCUCGUGUCGGAUUAUGGAGGAUUUGGAUGCGGACGUUCAUCGAGCAGCUGAGGUUCCCGAUACGCCCGACAGAUUGGCCGCGCGGCGUGGCAAGAGUGGAAUCGAGGCGAGAGUGAACUCGCUUGCGCCGGGUUCUUCGAAUCAGAAAUCCCCGAAUUGGCUCGGGGGCGGCGGCGGCGGGCGAGCGGCGAAUGGGACCGGUCGGGACCCGAGAUUGCAGAUUGGCCCUCCUAAAAGGGUUCUGAGCGCCGUUGAAUCCGGUCGCCGCGGUGACUCUGUCAGGGACUCGUCGUCAGAUGAUCCGAGUGAUUCGCAGCGUCGCUUGUUUAGGAGGGCAGCAGGGAAUGGGCACGUUAGACCUGAGUCCAGACAGUCUUCUGGCGCUGAGAAUGCGGAGAGAGGGAAGGGUGCUUUGAUCGGAGGUCCUAGGUCAUUCGCUUAUGCAGAAAAAGGUGCUUCUUUGAAUGCAAUUCGACGCAAUGGGCACAAUGGAGUUCUUAAAUCGGCUGAGCCGUUUGGUGAUUCAGAAGGUUUUCUAGCUGAUGGCUUUCGAAGAAUAGAAAUGAAAACUGAUCAUGAACGUUCUUACCCUUGUUCUGAUUCUUUUCAGACAUUGAACAGGUUCAGUAAGGGCAAAGAGAAGCUAGAUGAAAGUGCAUGCAAAUAUUCUGGUUCGAUUAUGUUUGGUGAGAAAUCAAUUGAUGUGCCAAGGGAUUUGCAUGAAAAAUCUUCAAAACAUGUACCUCAGUCUCCUAAAAGUGUAUCUUCUCCAAGAUAUGUUGGACAGAAAAGGUUGGUCAGAAAUGGUUGUAUCUCUCCACUUAAUAUAGCAACAAAGGAAAAAGAAUUAGCUGAAAAAGAGAGUAGUAAUGCUGAAGAUAGUACUCGUGAUAGAAAUAAAGGAAAAGGGAUAUUGAUGCAUCCUUGUACAUCAGAGAAGCAAGAGGCAAAACUUUUGGAUAUCUCGACCAGGAGACCUAUUAUUCUUGGGGAGGAUAAGGGAACCAAUGACACCCCUGUUAAUUUGGGCAAAGGAUGUGAGAGACUUGGUGGAUGGAGAACUACACAUGCCCAUGCUAAGAAAGCACGCCAUGGCUCUGAAACUGACGAUUUGCUGCCUGGCGGAACUGAUAGUGCUGGAAACUUAUUCCAGAAUUGUGAUAAUAUAGUGGGGAGAAGAGCGAGCAGCUAUCCUCAUAACAGCACUAGUUGUGGUAAUAUUGCAAACAAGGAUACACAUCAAUUAAUUUCCGAGAUUGUUUCUGAGGCAGGCCAAACACAUGGAUGGCCAAAUUCUACAAGAACUUCCACUAGAAGACAAAACAAUAAGGAAGUAUCUUUUGGGAAUGGCAAUUCUCGCAACAGAUCAGUUUCUAAUAACUCAGAUGUUAUCAACCUGGUCUCACCCAGGUAUUCUAGAAAUCCAUCAUCUGCUAGACAACUUAGGCAUCAACAUCAAGGGGCUUCUUCUUCAGUUAUUGAAAUUGAUGACACGUCACCUGGAAUUGGUCAAUCUGGUACACCUAUUCUAGAUACUCUCAGUAGUUUUGAAUCAGAUUCUAGGUUGAGACAACUGGAAGCAGACGAGAUGUUGGCUCGUGAACUUCAAGAACAACUAUACAACGAUUCACCGAUGCUUGGAAAUGGGGAGAUGGAUGAAUACCUGGCUAGAUUACUACAGCAGGAGGAGAAUGUAGGUGGAAAUUCAUCUACUUCUGUUAGAAGUCAUCGUCGAACUGGUCAUGGAAAUUCAUUCCAAACACGUUCACGAAGGCAACCCCUGCCACGGUCUUUUCAGAACCUUUCAAAUAGGAGAGGUACAGAGGCACGAGUUCCUGUACGUGCAAGACUUCAGCAGUCUAGGAGGACCAUUUCUCAAUCACCCUCCUCAUUUGUAUCUGGCGAGAGGACUCUUCAUUUUCCAUUAAAUAUGGAUCUCGACAUGAGGAUGGAUAUAUUGGAAGCACUGGAAACUGCAUUGGGAGACGUCAGUGACAUAGGAUUGUCCGGUAGCAUUUAUCAAACUCAGCGUGAUUUUAAUGAAAAUGACUAUGAAAUGCUGCUGGCACUUGAUGAGAAUAACCGCAAUGUUGGCACCUCUGAUAAUCAGAUUAAUAGUUUGCCGGAGUCGAAAGUGCAGUCCGAUGUCUUUGAAGAAGCCUGCGCAAUAUGUCUGGACACACCCACAAUUGGGGAUACAAUACGGCACCUCCCUUGCUUGCACAAAUUUCAUAAAGAUUGUAUUGAUCCCUGGCUCCGCAGAAGUACGUCUUGCCCUGUCUGUAAGUCAUCAAUAACAUGACUUGCCUUGGAACUGUAGAAGGCAAUAAUUAUAGUGCAGCUGGUUAUGCAAAACUAAAGACUCUAUUUGAUGGUUGAUCUAAUUGAAGCACACCCAGUUCUUAUGGUACAAUCUCUUGCAAAUUGGCUUCCCAUGGAUUCCUACUCGGGAGUCUGGAUAAAUUGGCUCUUCGUAUGGGGUUGUAUUGAUGACCUGGCUGCCCAAGUAAUUGUGGGUUUGUACCAAAAUGAAGCUUGCUUUUGUACUUUUGUGGUGCAGGCAUCUUUUUGUGGCCCAUGUGGCGAAGGUAUCUAUUUUGUGUAUGAGCAGCCCUUUUCUUGGCGAUCCUUGAGGGUCAGUGAUAUGUAAAUCGAAAUUAAUUAGAUGGAGCAUUGGUGGAGCUGUUUUGAGAUUGUUACAGUCCUAUGAUAUGAGCAGGAAGGAGUUCGCAAUUAAGAUA